AUGACCAAGGGCCCUCGGAAAGUGAAACUAGUCAUUGUUGUCAACAAUAAGAAAGACCCGCCCACAUUCAAGACACUAACACCGACGUCUCGCACGCAGCUGAAGCAGCAGUUGAUGCGAGAGCAUGCGCAGGAGCAGCUACGCAGAGAAUCUUUACAGGCACAGCAAGCAGGUCAGUCAAAAGAGAAUGCAGAAGAGAAGAAAAAGUCGAACCCAGCGGAAGUGCCGAGGAUCACGCCACACGUGGAAUUGCCGCCACAGGUGUUACAGGUGCGAACAGUUCUGGAGAACCCCACCAGAUAUCACGUGAUCCAGAAACAGAAGAGUCAAGUGCGGCAAUAUCUCAGUGAAUCUUUCACACCUCAGGGCCAGGUUUCAUCAAAUGGAAGAAGUGCACCAGCCCAGUCGGCGCCUGAGUUAGGCAGACGAACGAAUUCCCCGGACAGAGCUUCGUCCAGUGGACUCAUGAGCCCUGGAAUCUGUUCUGGUGGAGGCACAUCGGAGGCAGAUGAAUUCCUGGAAGACAUCCUAUCUCUUGAUGGCGGUGGUGGUCCGUUAUCCUCAUCAGAACCAGCCUCCACGGCCAGCUCAGUAGCUGGUGACUGCGCGUUACUCUCUGACGCUGAUAUGCACGCGCUCGCCAAGGAUAGACAGAAGAAAGACAACCACAAUAUGAUUGAGCGUCGUCGUCGCUUCAACAUCAACGACCGGAUCAAGGAGUUGGGGACGCUCUUGCCCAAGACCAACGACCCCUUCUACGAGGUGAUACGCGACGUGAGACCCAAUAAGGGAACCAUUCUCAAGAGCAGCGUGGAUUACAUCAAAUGCCUUCGCGACGAAGUUAACAGGCUCAAGCAGAGCGAGCAGCGUCGAAAACAGAUCGAGUUGCACAAUAGGAAACUCAUGUUAAGGAUACAGGAGUUGGAGCGACUCGCGAAGCUGCACGGCUUACCAGUCUCUAACGAGGGUUGGUCUUCUCCUCACACGGACGAUUCCGGUAUCGAGACUACACACUCGGAGCCCUUCGCAUCACCAGCUAGGACACAACAUCACAACAUAUCUCAGCAGAGUAUGCUAAACCAAGGCUGGGCUUCGCCCCACUCCACAGACUCGGGGGUAAAGUCCACUCCAGAACCUUACGCGUCACCUGCGCGGACGCAGCCUGAGGUGAUGGUGCCAAAAGCGGAACCAGCACCGAUGAUGGAGUUAAGCGACCCUCAACCAGACUUGUUGAGAGAUACACCUGCUGGAGAACCAUUGUCUGCAUUAGAUGCGUUAGACGGAUUAAAACUGGGCUCGUGCUCUCCACUAAGUCGAUCAGAUGGACUUUCCUUGGACUGCCUCGAGCCUGAUCUUUGCCUGGAGCCUGUCACAGACCAUCUAUUCAACCACAAAGACAUAAAGAUGCGAUUGUCCCCCCCACCGAGCCUUCUAAGUGGAGAAGAAAGCGAAGCGGUGCUGAACCUCGCUCAAAUCGAAGAUCUAAUGGAUGACGACUCACAUAAUCCUGUCACCACAGGUGACCCAAUGUUAUGUUCAUCUCCAACUUCACAACUUGGCCUAAGUGCUGCUGUGGCUGAUGCAGCAGACCGAGCCAUGCUGCAUAUUGACCUGUCUCAUCAUAAUGAUUCUUCUUCCCUCCUCGGUGAGUCCUCCCUCGGCGUGGGCGUGGGCUUGGGAGACAGUUCUCUUCCACUGCUUCUGGGGCAUCACCACGCCCCCCACCACUCCCACUCCCACGCGCACCAUUGCUUCGACAUGGAUCUAAGCGCGUAA